AUGUCUUCAGAUCUUGAGGAGCAAAAAAAGGCAAUCUUACCUUUCAUGCAGAGGGCUCAGGAAAUUCAGCAGGCCGACCCCAAGGUGGCCUACUACUGUCGGAUGUAUGCUGUGGACCAGGCCCUCAAGCUCCCACAACGAGCCAAGGAGGUCACCGCCCUGCUUUCCGCCACAUUAAAUCAGUUGGAGCGGGAUAAAGCGCAAAUCAAACUGGACCCCGUAGCCGACCGCAUUCACUGCCUGGGUUUCGCACUUCGUAUAUUCGACAACGCGGACCGAGUGGACCGGGCAGGUCGGGCCACAGAGCGGACUGCGGUCGCCUACUACGCGGCGUCCGUGUUCGUGGAGAUCUUAAACCAAUUUGAGGGAGGUGUGGAUGCGGAUCUUUUGGAAAAGCAGCGCUAUUGCGCCUGGAGGGCGGCGGAGAUCCGCAAGGCGCUACGGGAGGGCCGCCAGCCCACACCGCCACCUUCUGCGAAUCCCCUGCCCGCGGCAACGUCCGAGGGUGGCAAUGCCGCUACCUCGGCCGAUUUGCCACCCGCCUCCGGGUCCAGUGCCUGGGCGUACGGCGGACAGAGCCAGCCACAUGCGUUGCCGCCGCCGCCUCUGCCUCCGGUGCCACCUGCUAGGGGAGGUGGCGAAGAUGCCAUGGGCGGAGAGGGUUUUGGGUCCUCAGAUUCCUCGUUUCGUAGCACCGGUGGCGACAGCUUCGUAUACCCUCGGCCGCCACCUCCCUCGGUGUCGUCCUCCUUUGGACGGCCGGAGAGCCCGAUGGGGCAGGCGGCGGCCGCGUCCGGCGGACCAGCGCGGUUCUGGCCUGGUGCCAAGCUGCUGGUGCAUACGGAGGAAGGGCUGGAUGUCGGGGGCGAGGGCGGACUGAGCUCCGGUGGUGGCGGUGGUGGUGGUGGUGGGGUACAUCCCCCCGGGACGCAAGUGGGAACCGUUGGUCAGGUUGUCCGGCGGCCGGAUGGGGGCUUCAGCUACAAGGUGGCCCUCACGGACCGCCUGGUGGAGGUGCCGGAGGAGGCGGCAGUGGCGGCGCUGAGGGAGGGGGAUGUGGCGUGUAUGGCGCUGGGACAUCAGCAGACCCAGCCCUUCACGGUCAAGGUCCUCCGCAUCAACUACGCAUCAUGGCCUCCCACAUACCUCGUUCAGACGCCCGACGGCAAGGAGCAGGGGUACGGGUCCAUCGCGGUUCCCCCCAGCACUGCUGCACUCCCGCCGGGAUACAAGCCCCCUGUCCAGAUGAUCAUGGACGCUCAGAAGCAGGCCAAGUACGCGGUGUCAGCGCUUUCCUUCGAGGACAUCCCUACGGCCGUGAAGCACCUGUCGGAGGCGCUACGGCUGCUCACCAGUCCCCCACCGCCGUCGGCAGCGGCAAACUUGACGAUGCCCCGAUAA